UCCGCUGAGAGUGUCUGUUUGCUCAGCCUAGUAGUCAGGAUGGUAGUAGUAGUAGUCUACACAGUGUAUGGUGUACUGUGAGCGGAGCGGCGCUGGCUUGCUCCUUCUUCCGGUUCUUUCCUUACGCUUUUACUUGUCUAUAUAGCUUGGUCUUCGUACCUUUGAGGUAUUAAGAUCUUGGGUCAGCUUCUCCCGUGCCCGCGAACUAUCAAUCAUUCGACUUACUCUGUGAAAAUUGAACAAAUGCAGGUGUCAACGCUUUUCACACUUGCCCUUCAAGGACUCUUCAUGUCACCAAGUAUAGCAGACGAUCGCAUAUGCAAGCACCCCGGGGGAAAGCAAACCGAUGAUGUACCGUGUACCUCGGACGAGACAACCCAUUGCUGCCCGAAAGGCGCGCUCUGCUUGAGUAACAAGUACUGUUAUAAUUUCGAGAGGCAGGGUGUCUCCAGAGGUAGUUGCACGACAUGGCCUUGGAGUAAUGCCUGUCCGCAGCUAUGUAAGGGAGACGACGGCCAAUCGAACCAGGGAGCCCCGUUCGUUUUCUUUAGAUUCGAGAAAAAUAAGGAUCUCUAUUGCUGCGAUGAUUGGGAUCGAAGUUGCGACAUAGAUGAAGCGUCCUGCAUCGGCGGCGAGGAACCUUUCGAAAUACCUCAGGGAAAAGUGAUACUCGGUGUAGCGGCGCUCGAGAACGUCACCCUGAGCGACUGGGAUAAUUACAACACAGGGAGACUGAGCGCCUCCGAGAUCUCGAAAGAAGACGAGAAUUCCGACGCCGGGAAGGACUCCGGGAAGGAAACAGCUAUCGGCGCAGGCGUGGGUGUUUCGCUGGGCGUGGUCAUGCUGGCCUUGCUGGCGUGGGCUCUCUGGCUGCUGAGACAGAAUAGGAAUCUGAAGAAGGCUCAGGGUCCAGAGCAAUACAGGGGCCAGUUCCACAGUCCGGUGGGAUAUGGUGAUCAUCCGAGUAUGGUAACGCCAUCAGGCGGACAUAUGCCAAUGAGCCCCGGGCCUGAGACACAGGGGCGAUAUAGCAAUCGUGUGGAGCAGCUGGAGAUGAAUGAGAACCCAAGUGAACUUGCGGGGAAGCCCAAGUACAGCCCUUAGGCUAACCUUUGGCGUUGAGAUGUUCUGGUCAUGUAUGUAUAACGCAGCGGUGGCUUAUACUAAUAUGUAUUCUGUUGCAACAGGUUGUUCGAAGGAUUUUGGUUGACUGGAUUGCCGGACUGUGUGGGCCUGCCUGUCAAUAUCUUUGGCUGUGGCCGACUUGAAAGUAAUAUUGCCU